UACUCUAUUUAGAGAUUGUUUAUUUUUACAUCACGAGAUGGUAAAAAUCAAAAAAUGUAGAUAAAUAUUAUUUUGAUCUGAUCCCUGUUAAUGAGUAAGAAUUUGUCGAUGUUGGAACUGGCAUGUUGUUGAAACUAUUUGAAUUUAUUAUAAUCGUCACUUGUGUCUGCCAACAAUGCAGCCAUUGCAGAAAUAGUGAUGUAGAUGCAUCUGAUGCCAUGGAUUUGCUAGAACCAUAUGAAGACUAUCACAGUCCACGUGUAAAGAGAUCCAACAGACAUAUCCGAGAAUGUCAGGAAGUCAAAUAUGGAAAUGUUACUCAUUCUAAAAUUAAAGCUAAUCCAGAUACCAAUAUUUCUUAUCCGUUUGUGGAAGUAAAGCACAUGGUAAAACAAAUCGGACAAUAUUACUUCAAACAUCCAGUUACUGUACGUUACCAAAGAGUAGACUAUCCGUUGAAUACACUAUCUGUAUUAGAGCCUUUAGAAGCAGAAACAUGUCAACCAGGUUACUCUAACCUUACAACCGUAUCAGAGACAUCAACAAGAGCUAACUGUGUUGUUGCUGUAAAUGGUGGAUUUUUUAAUACAACCACUGGAGCUUGUUUAGGUAAUAUUGUAAGUGACAGUAUGUUAGUACAAGAUGCAGGUGGAAUACAGAAUGCACAUUUUGGUAUUACAGAAGAUGGUUAUAUCUAUACAGGAUAUUUAUCAGAAUUAGAUUUAGUAGCACAACAGUUUAAACAGUUAAUAGGUGGUGUUAUAUGGUUAAUUCGAGAUGGUGAGGUUUACAUUGAUCAGAGUAAAAAUUACGAAUGUCCUGAGAUACAAGAAACGGGUACUCUAGAUAGAUUUAUUACUGUACAGUCAGCCCGGUCAGCUGUCGGCCAUGAUAAAGAUGGUAGAGUUAUACUUGUACAAAUAGAUGGUGAAACUAAUGUACGUGGUGUAACAUUAUAUGAGUUUGCUGAUAUACUAUUAGAUCUUGGAGUUGUUAAUGCUAUAAAUUUAGAUGGUGGUGGAUCUACUACAACUGUUAUUAACAAUACAUUAGUUAAUUAUCCAUCUGAUAAAUGUUUAAACAGCACAUUUAACUGUGAGAGAGAAAUAACAACUAUAUUAUGUGUACAUGAACCACAUUGUCAAGUUAAAGAUUGUAAUAAUCAUGGUGUAUGUGUAUUAGGUACAUGUAAUUGUAGUAAAUAUUGGACAGGUACCGACUGUAAUACUCUAUCUUGUCCAGAUAAUUGUAAUCAACAUGGUCACUGUAGUCCAGAUGGUUGUGUAUGUAGUGAUGGAUGGUAUGGGUAUAAUUGUUCUACACCAUGUACUUUAGGAUAUUAUGGGUAUAAUUGUUCUAAACAAUGUUAUUGUUUACAUGAUGGAUAUUGUGAUAGUAUAUCUGGUAGAUGUAAUUGUUCACCAGGAUAUACAGGAAAAUUCUGUGAAACAGAAUGUGCAUUUGGUUACUAUGGUGAUAACUGUAAAGAAGUGUGUACAUGUGAUAAUGGAUGUUUUUGUCAUCCAGUAACAGGCAGCUGUAAUUUAUCUACUCUUUCUUCUGAUCUUCAACAAGCAUCUUCUUGUUUUGUGGAGGCUGAAAUCAAAUCUCAUCAUUUAAUAUAUAGUCAGUCAGAUCAGUAUGGUAUUUGUGUCAGUAGUGUUAUAUCUAUGAGUGUGGUAGCAGCAAUGAGUAUUAUACUCAACAUAUCUUUAAUUUGUUUACACUUCAUAUCAAAAAAACGCCAUAAAGCAGAAACUAAACAAGCUGUGAAAAAAACUAUCAAAAAAAUAAUAAAUGCCAAGUCAACUGACAAUGAAACAGAUACAGAGUUAGAAGAGGAGGCUGAUGAAGAAACAAAACUGUGAAUUUUGUGCUCUUUCUGAUUACCUAACAACGUGUACACAGUGACAGACCAUCCACUGCAGAAAUGAUGUAUUUUUACAGGGUGUAAUAUUUAUUGUUAUUGGGGGUGUAUGGUACUAACAUCUAUUAAAUGUUUUAAACAACUGUUAAACUUACACAUUCUUUAAUCUUGUUAAUUGUUUUAAACCUUGUUAAUUGUUUUAAAGUGCAAUAAUAUUUGACUAUGCAGUUGAUAUAGAUUAGAUUGGGAAAAUAAAUUUAUCCACCAUU